AUGUUGCCGUUGCGCUGGCCCGAGAAGCGCCGUGUCCAAGGUUCUUCCAACAGCAUAGCACGGAAGGAAAGAAGGAAUCCGCCUCCAGACACGGCGAUGCUACAGGUCCCCUUGUGGCUCUUGGCUUUGCCGAGGGGCAGAACCUGCAUGCCAGAGUUGAACCGGGGCUCAUGCUACCGGCACGAUGGGCAUUGGCCUCACCCGUCAGCUAGAUCUUGUGCUCCCCUCACGGCUGGCGAAGAUGAUUCAAAUCAAAAUAUAAGCCUCGAUCGCACCGACACCUCCCUCCACCCCACCCCUGCCUUAAUUUCGGUUCCCAGUCCUCAAGGUGAGCAGUGGUGUUUUGCUUGGAAGAACCCGAAUUUCCUGAUGCGCAAAGGGGCGAUGAAAACGGGCUUCAUGAGCUCUGUCAAUCGAAGUUCCAGCAAAAGCAUGAACGAUGAUGAGGAGCUCUGA